AUGACCACCGUCACUGACACCAUGAUGCUCCUCCAUGGCAUCCUGCUCCUAGGAUGGCUGUCUCUUGCCAUAGCCCACCAAACCUCCCCAUUCAGGGGGACACCCCGCAGCCAUGGGGCUCCACGUUGUUACUCUGCUGAGGAACUGCCCCAUGGCCAGGCCCCCCCACACCUGCUAGCUCGAAGUGCCAGGUGGGAGCAGGCCCUCCCAGUGGCUCUGGUGUCCAGCCUGGAAGCCAUGGCCCACAGGAGGCAGCAUGAAGGAGCCCUGGCUGGAACACAGUGCCCUGUGCUGCGGCCAGAGGAGGUGCUGGAGGCUGACACCCACCAGCGUUCCAUCUCACCCUGGAGAUACCGCAUUGACACGGACGAGAACCGCUACCCACAGAAGCUGGCGGUCGCUGAGUGCCUGUGCCGGGGCUGCAUCAAUGCCAAGACGGGCCGUGAGACAGCGGCACUGAAUUCUGUGCACCUACUGCAGAGCCUGCUGGUGCUGCAGAGACGGCCCUGCUCCAGAGACGGUGCAGUGGCCCCCACACCAGGGGCCUUCACCUUCCACGCUGAGUUCAUUCGAGUGCCCGUGGGUUGCACCUGUGUCCUUCCCAGGUCUGUACAGUGA